AAUGCGGCACCUUUAAGAGAGCCGGGGGCGGAGUCCCGACCCGCGCCGGCUCCCACAGCCUAGUUAGUUUCGGCAAGGCUGGCAGCGCGGCGCUGCCUGCCUGACCCAGUCCCCGGCCUGGACUGACUCACUCCGCAUCCCCAGUGGGCCCGCCCAGGCGGGCUGCCCUUUACCCUGGGAGCGGCCUAGGGGAAGUGGCCGGGAAGAGGUGUGGUCCCCGUAGAGAAGGGACGCCCCCAAGAUGUAACAGCCCGAGGGCUAAGGCGGCGUCCCAAGUCCGGGUUACGAAGUUCAGUCUGAGCCUGCAGGCGUCCGGUUGUCCAGCGGAGGUCGCAGCCCAGCCAGGGUCCGGAGGGGCGUGGCGGCACUUGCAAAUCAUUAGGCGGGGGCGGAGCCAAGCUCGUCUGGGGCCCGGAGAGGGCGGGGCGGCACCUUAAAAGAUUUUAACGAGGGGCCGCGCCGGGUUCUCUAAGGCGCUAGAGUGGCGGGGCCGCACGUGUAAGUUUUUAGGGAGCGGAGCGGGGCUCGCGAAGGGCCCGGAAGAGGCGGGGCCGCACGUGUACGGUGUUUCGGCUGGGGGCGGGGCCGUGCCGGUCCGGGGGUAGCCCGAGCUCGCCAGGGACGUCACAGCGGGGCCUGGCCCCUGUCCCUCCAGGGCUGACCCCGGUCGGAACGGCCUGAGCCGGGCGAGCGCGACAGCAGCACCCCACUCCCAUGGCGGCGACCAGAGAGUCGGAGCUGCCCGCGGGGGCCGCAGUCGCGGAGCCCGCGCCGCCGCCGGCCUGCCGCUUUUUCUUGGAAGGUCGCUGCCGCUUCGGUGCCCGCUGCCGCCAGCCCCACCCCGGGGCGCCGGCGCCACUGCAGCCUAGAGGCGAGGCUGAAGCCGAGGGCAGGGCCAAGAAGCCGCCGCUGCGCACGGCUGCGGCCGUCAUCCAGCGCAUCCGCUGGGACCCGCUCCUCGACCCGGCCGACUUCUCCGUGGGCUACGUCGACCGCUUCCUGGGUGUGCGCGAGGAGCCCUUCCUUUCCUUCUGCUGGGACGAACCUCUGGCGGCGCUCGGGCCAGGCGUCCUGGCGGUACCACAGCACCGGGUGCGCUACUUCCGCUUCCGCGGCAGUCUGGUGUGGGACCGCGCAUCGCGUACCGACCUCGUCUUUGGCUCCGGCUUGGCGGCGGGCCGCGGGCCCACCAUCCUGGACGCGCUUGACGGCGGGGACGCGCACGAGGCUGAGUGUGCGAACAGCGGCGAGGACGCGCACGAGGCCGGAGGCGAGAGCGGUGGCGAGGACGCACACGGGACCGAGGACGCGCACGAGGCCGGAGGUGAGAGCGACGGCGGGGGCGCGCACGACGACAGAGACAGGGCCAGGGACGCAAAUGACGGCAAGAAUGCACAUGGAAUCUUAGAUGCGCUCCGCGAUGGGGACAUGGACUGGGAGGGAGAUAAGCUGGACGGCGCUGCCGUGACCCAUCUUGGCACUGGUACAGGAAAGCGCGUACAGUCAGUCUGCACGGGACUCCAGGACGGCGGAAGCCCUGAAGCUGGGCGCCUGGCGCUGGAGGGGGAAUUAGCAGCGAGGGCCCAGGAGCAGGAGUUGGGUGAGGAACUGCCCUUUGUGGCAGCCCCCGGAAGGCCUUCGGAGGAAGGCCUCGUUCAGACGCAAGUGGAGUGGGGUCUCGGGGUCUGGCCCGCAGACAGCGGAUUGGCCAGGGCCCUGGGCCCUCGCCAGCCCCGCCCCACGCACUUUGUGGCCCUCAUGGUGUCAGAGCCUGAGCUGCAGGCCGGCGUGGCCGAGGCCCAGGAGGAACUGGUACGAGCUGCACCGAAUUGCGCGGCAUUCGCAGUGCCUGCUCAGGCCCUGCACCUGACGCUGGCCCUCCUGAGGCUGGCGGGCCCCGGGGAGGAAGCGGCAGCCGUCGACACCCUCAGACGCGCCCUCGCGGCCCCCGGGCUUCAGGUCCCUCCGACGUUGAGGUUUAGGCACCUGGUGCUCUUCGGCCCCCACGUGCUCUGUGCCCCCCCCACCCCCUCCUUGGAUAGCAUGGUCCAAGAGCUGAGCCAGAGGCUGGAGGACGAGGGGCUGAGGCUGGUGCAGCCCCUCGGGGGCCUACACCCGCACCUCACGCUGCUCAAGGUGCCCCAGGGUUCCCAGGUCUGCCUCCCCAAGCUCGGGUUCAGCCCAAGGCAGGAGCUGGGGAGCCAGCCCCUGAAGCACCUCUGCCUGUGCCGCGUGGGGAGGGCAGGGGCCGCCUACCAGACUGUGGCUGAGAUCCCUCUGGGAUUUCAACCCUGUAAGAAAAAGGGGCCAGGACCUGAUCCGCCCAAGGAGAUCUAGUCCAAGCGGGAAGAACCAAGCGUGCACGCCCAUGCUCGCUCUCUCUCUUUAAUUUUGGGUCUCAAGCUUCCAAAUGGCGCUCAGUGCUCCAAGGAAAGAGUGAAGGAAGGAAAGGGGAGGGGAGAGGAGGGGAGGGGAGGCAGAGGAGGAACAUCUGGAAAAAAAGCAGCCUGACAGUCCAGCUGUUCGCAAACUCAUUGCACAUCCUCCAGUUACAUGGCAGAAGAGGGAGGGAGGACGGAAAAGAAAAGGGGAGGAAGAAAAAAAAUAACUUAAAUAAAC